GCAGUAGAGAGUGUUUUGUUUUGUUUGUGUUUUGCCGUUGACCCGCGAUUUUGGUGCCAGAACGUUUGGCAUUAAAUUUCUGAAAAAAGAGGCAAUGUCUGUCGAAGAGGAUACGGAACUGCGGGACUUGGUUUCAAAAACUCUGGAAAAUAAUGGCGUUUUGGCCAAAAUUCGGGCAGAACUUCGGGCAAGUGUCUUUCUUGCCCUCGAAGAGCAAGAGAACAAAGCGGGUCCAUUUGAAAACAAAGCACUGAAAGAAUAUUUGAAGUCUCCACAAGCUGCCCUUGGGCUUUGUAUUGUGCGAGAAUUUUUGGAAUACCUUGAGUUGGAUUUUACUCUUUCAGUAUACAAUACGGAAACAAGCCACGGCAAAGGGUAUGAGUAUAGUGGCCGAAACAAACUAGUGAAGGACCUUCAAAUACAAAAUCUAAAUGGGAAGAAAGGACCCCUCUUGAGUCACAUUCUACAAUUAGCUCAGGAAUCUGGUGGUAUUUCGACUGAUGUUAAAGAGGGGAAUACCCACACCAGUACACCUAACUUAAAGCCAUUAACUGGUGGAAACUUAUUUCAUAAUCUAAGUCUUGGAAGCGAGGCAAGUGUUGAAAGCCCCAAUGUCUCUCUUCUGCCUUUGGAUCGGACAUUUACUUCAGAGGGUCCAACUGUGAAAGUUAUUUCAAACAAUGAUGGCGCUGGAAAUGACAAAAUGGUACAGUCCCCUGUACAGCUUCUUUCUUCUGAAUCUCAAAUUAAACUGGAAGAGAAACAAGAUACCAAAUCACCUGAGGGUGCAAAUAAAGAAGACAUCAAUAUAUAUUCUACCAAAGUAUUGGCUAAUAAAGAUGCAGUCCUCAAAAAUUCCAAUAAACCCAAUGAAUCUGGAAUGGGUGAGAGGAAGCAAAAUGUGGAAGGGAAACAUUCUCAGAACAAACCAUCUAAGAGUGAUGGUAAGAAUUCUAUGGCAUCCCUGAAUGAUUUGCCACCUCUGGAUGACCUCCAUGAAAGAAGAAAUUUCAAUAAUGCCGCCAGUAUAAAUUUUGCAAGUUUAGGUAUUCAUGAUGACUAUGAAGAAGAUUUUCUUUCUACAGGCAGCAGUGCCACAAAUGAGAACAGCAAAAGCCACAGCCUAAGUCACAAAUCAAGUAAUAAACAAAACCCCCCUAAAAAGGAAAAGUCAUCUGAGAAAAAGUUGACUAAGGAUAGUGCAGAGAAAGAAACUUCUGACAAAGCAGCAACAAACAGUCCAGUUGGUAGCAUUAGUGAAGACCUUGAUGACAAUACAAACUCUGGAAUUGAUGACUUGUUGAACAGCACAGCUUCAACUGAGAACACUGUUGAUGCUACUAUAUCCCACAUCAGAAGUAAUUUUGCUGACUAUAUUGAAGAAGUGUAAAAUCUUUUCAACAAAUUUCAAGAGGAACAACCAUGGUAUCUAACAAAUCAACUUUACUUUGUGAUUGCUCAAAAUUUGUAACUUAUUUUUACGAUUGUGUGUGAACUAUGAAUUUUUUUCACUGGUAGUCAUACCACUACUGAAAUCAUUAAUUUAUUGCCUUAUAUAUGUGUAUAUAUCUGACUGACUUUGUAACCUAGUAUAUUAGAGUUUGGUGUUAAUAUAAGUGAGAGUCACAA